GAAUUUGGCCAGUUUUACGCUCACAUCGGUAGGGUUCGUAUCGCGUUUUCCUCCAAACUUAGUUUUCUAGUCGUAUCUACACGUUCUCAUGGAAAUUGGACUGUUCUUAAUGAACUGUAAGUGUUUUUGAAAAACUUUUGUGCUUGUGACUGAUGGGUAUAUUAGAAAAUAACGCGUGCAACUGCAACAGUGUUGAAAAUAAAGGAGACAAAAAGUUUUCACCGUUAAAAGGGAAAAUGAAGGUUCUGAAGAAAAUCAAAAGACGCAUGGGACUAGUUUCCCGUUCCUCAUCUAAUGGAGGUACAAACAAUUUACCUCCUUUGCUGUUCCAUAAUAUCCAUGGCGAGAAUAUUAGGAUAUCAAGGGAUGGAACUGUAGCUAGAAGAGUCGAGAGUUUCUGUAAAGGAAUUGCCUUCAGUUCGAGGCCCGUCAAAGUAAACGAAAAGGUUUGCAUCAAAUUUAUGGAGAUUUCUAACAAUUGGUCUGGAGUCAUCAGAUUUGGUUUCACCUACAAUGAUCCCACUAGUCUCAGAUAUGGUCUACCAAAAUAUGCUUGUCCCGACCUCACAAACAAACCGGGAUACUGGGCCAAGGCUCUUCCUGAACGUUUCUGUAGUCAAGGUACCAUCCUUUUCUACUACGUUACUUCUACUGGAGAUGUCCACUUUGGAAUUAAUGGCGAAGAAAAGGGUAUAUUCUUCAGCAACGUAGAAACUCGUGGUCCUCUUUGGUGUUUAAUAGAUGUUUACGGAAACUCUACAGCUAUAGAAUUUGUAGAUAUUAGGCACCAGUUGAAUAAUUCUUCGAGAUAUAUUACUUCAAACUGUGAUAGUAAUAGACAAGACGCAGUUGAAAGAAUAACAUAUCCAAUGCAACAAAUGUCCAUACAACCAAGUGAAGACACAGCACUUCCUUUACUGCGCUACCAACCUGCCCAACUUAAUUAUCAAGCUAUGCCGUUGCAUAGAACUAGAGGCAGAAAUGUAAAGUUUUUGGCCAAUAAUAGAAGUGUUGCUUUACGAACGGAUACAGAAUUUUGCCAAGGUUACGUAUUCACCUACAGACCUCUACAGAUAGGAGAAAGGAUAGUUGUUCAAAUUUUAGGUACAGAACCAAUAUUCCAAGGUUGUUUAAGUUUGGGUUUGACUUCCUGUGAUCCAGCCCUACUGUCCCAAGGUGAUUUACCUGACGAUUCCAAUUUUCUUUUGGAUAGACCAGAAUAUUGGGUAUUAAGCAGAGAUUUUGCUAGGAAUCUAAAUAAAGGCGAUGAAAUCAGUUUUUGCAUAUCCCAAAAUGGCGAGGUACAAAUUUGUAAAAACCUAGGAGCUCCCUUAGUUGUAAUGCAUGUUGACCAAACCUUGAGAUUAUGGGCAUUUUUCGAUAUAUAUGGUUCCACUCAACGGAUCCGGGUAUUAAGUAGUUCUGCACCAGUUACACCUACUAGAAAUCCUGAGAGAAGGAUAAUAACUCCAACUAGUGAAUCUAUGAACAGUAUUAAUAGCCAAUCAGAAAUCCGUAGGAAUUCAGCUAUGCAGAAUUCAAAUUCUAGGGUGUGCUGCGUUGCUCCUGCAGAUAUUCAAGUCCAACCUAGCGCCAAUGGUGGAGCAGUAUUGUCAGUCAUUCUACCUCCCGCACACGCGAAUAUAAUUAGCACAGCUGCACCAGUUCCUGUUACACACCACCAGCAUCAUACCUCACAGAAUUCAGUAAACAGUCAUCCUAGUCAACAAAAUUCAUAUCCUGGACAUUCUAAUCAUCAACCAUCUGUAUCACCAAGCACAGUAAUGGCCCCUGUUCCAACUGCAUCUAAUUUGCCAACUGGAACUAUGAUGUCAACAUGCAGCAGUAAUUACAUCGAACCCAUCUCGGACUCGAGCACUUAUUCGACACCGUUGUCUUGGGUAGAACAAAACGGAGCUCCUUUGGGAGCUGGAGCUGAAUGUACCAUUUGUUAUGAGCACCCCAUCGACGCAGUACUUUACAUGUGCGGGCACAUGUGUAUGUGUUACGAAUGCGCUUUGCAACAAUGGCGUGGUAAAGGGGGUGGCCACUGUCCCCUGUGCAGAGCCGUCAUUAGAGAUGUUAUCCGCACAUAUAAGUCGUAGAAUAAACUUUGUUUAAAGCCGGACUUUAAAAUACCUCGAAAGAAGAUCAAUAAAAAUGUACCAGAAGAAAAAUAAAAAUGUUUUUUUUGGAAAAUUUUGAAAAAAGAAUUACUUUUUGAUAUGCAUUUACGUAUUACGGCUAAUUAUUUUAAAUAUAAUUGUGCAUAAUUAUUGUUUUUAAGCGUUGUUCUGUUAAAUUCUUUUAAUAUACUUAUGAAAUAAUGGGUCGUAAUAUUGAAAUAUUUGCACAUUAUUUGCUAAAUAUUAAGAGUCAAAAUUUUUAUUUUAAAUAAAAAUACUUCCAUAAUAAUAAACAUUUUGAUUUUUCUUCGUCAAAGUCUGGUUAAAUGACCAAGAUUUAGAUUGUUACCUGUAUAAUAGUUUCGGAGAAUAUCGAAUUAUUUUUCUUAGACGAGUGUAUGUCUGAAGUGACUAGUGCUUCCAAAAAACAGAUUAUGAACUUACUGCCUAAUUUUCGUGUUUGUGAAAAAGACUGAGUAUAUGUUAACUUAAAUAUAUUUUUGUGUCCAACUAUAUUUUUUUAACGAGAUAAAACUUACAAACUGCUUGGCAUAUUUCUUACUAGUGUAUUGGUGUCAUUCAAUGAACUUUUAUUUUUGUAGCAUUUUUAUAAAAUGAACAUUUGUACCUGAUUUAGCAAAAUCGAGAUAAUAAAGAUAAGAAACUGUUCAAAACAGUAAAAUUAGGUUUGUUCCUGUAUACUUUGUUAAAACCGAUUAUAUAUUUUGAAUUUUUUUUUAGUAGUCAAUCUAAAUCUAGCCUUUAUUACAUCGCCUUUUUGUUACGACAUAAAUUUAGUUUAUUAUUACCAUGAUUCAGUUAGUUCCAUCUGCAAGCAGAACUUAAAAUAUUAUCUCUUCUUGACUGUUUGGUAUCAGUUUCUCACUAUUCUUCUUAAGUCACCCUGUAGGAGCCCAUAUUCCUUGUGGAGCUUGUGGCUGUGUUCCAUGAUUUUCUGGUCCACUACACAACAUUCUCGUCAUGGACCCUGUCGCAUUUUGAUAUUCUCUAGUUUAUAACUUCUUACCAAUAUGGAUUAUUAUAUCACACCAAAUAUGUUUGCUGAUCUUUACCUUUCAAUUGAAAUCUAUGGAAAUUGGAUUUUCAAUAUGAGGCUCAGUCCAUCAAAUGAUUCAUUGAUAGAAGUUAUACAUAUUCAUAUUUUUCUUUCCUUUAAAUGUGGCGCGAAAGGGUUAAGGAAAACGAGUAGUUGAAGGAUAUAUUCUUCUUAUUUAACCCAUUUCUAUCCAACUUUGGACAUAGACAUUCCCUUAAAUCUUUCCAGUUCCGUCUGUCCUUGGCUGCGCUGUUCCAGUUAGUUCCUGCAGCUUUUAUAAUAUUGUCCUUCCAUCGCAUCUGAAGGAUGUAUAACUGCUUAAAUAGCUAAAUUUUGAAUUUGUCAUGGGCACAGCUUUUUUAUUUCCUUUUCUCUUUCUAUUUUUUUCUACCACCCUCUAUUACACACAGUGAUGCAUAAUAGUUCAAAGGUUAGGUCAAUUUAGGUAAGAAACCUUAAGUGUUUUACCGCGAGUCUCGAAAACCUCUCACUAGCAAAAUUGGACUAAAUAUACUAAUUGAGGGAGCCAGACGUAAAAGGGUUUAAGUGCAGUUUUGAUAGUUAUGAGAUAAUCAGCUUCAAAGUUGUUUGAGUUUUAUAAAUUCUGGGAGUCAUUAAACUAAAAUAUGUCUAGUGUACAAUGUACUAAAAAAAGAUAAAAAUAUAAGGGUAUAUUAUUACUCUUACUAUUAUAUCCUUCCUUUUUUUCAAUUAGUAAAAAAAUGUACUUGAAUCGGUACAUGGUGUUAAUAAAUGUUACUGGUAAAACGGUUCAAGUGCAGAUGUUAACUACAUAUUACUAAUCAUUUUUGUCCCAGCUGUUAUUCACAGUGUAACUACAACUGCCACGUUGCAUAAUACUUAAUUAGUCUUCAAAAUUGGUCACAAAUCUAAUAUUUAUUUACUUGAAAUUAGUCCUGUAUUAACAUGUGUUUACACAUUACAGAAUACUAAAAAUAGUUUUGUGGUAAAAUGGUUCAAGCGCACUUAAACUCGUUUAUUACUAUUUGUUUUUACAGAAUACUAAAAAUAGUUUUGUGGUAAAACGGUUCAAGCGCACAGUUAAACCUGUUUACUACCAAAGUAAACUGCAAUUGUUUUCAGUGAUCUAAAUGUAAUGGCGUUAGAUGGCGACUGUAGGACGAAAUAUGCUUAAAUCGUUUUACCACCAAGUUCUAAUACCAUUCAAGUAUGCGAAUCUGUACUUAGAGUAGAAUUAAAAAAAAAGUGCACUUAAAACCUUUUACUUCUAACCCCCUCAAUUGUUCCACUAGUUAAAGGCUUUUAGUUGACGCAUACCUUGAUCUUGCAACUGUAUUUAGUUUGCUAUAGUUUGCUAUAUAACUCUUUUGUCUAGGCUGGUUUUAAACUUGAUGUUCUGUCCUAAUGUGCCUAUUAAUAAUUAAUAGGCAUAAUUACUGUAUGGUAUUAAUAUCAAUAUUUUUGUUUGCACAUACAACACAUUUGGUUACAAUUGUGUUCCCUGCCUUAAUUUUAUGAAUUAUAAUGUACCUAAUCAGUGUUCAAUAUACCCAACAACAAGAAUUUGAAAAUUGUUUAUUGGAACUCAUAAAUACUAAGGCACUAGACAUUCUAAAUCGGUCUAACACUGUAUAAAGAACAAACAUUUGUAUAUCCUAAUCACAACAAAUUAUAGAAGAAACAAUGUAAAUUGUUUUAAUAGUAAUAUGUCCUCUUUUUACUUUUAUAACUUCCUUUGACAUAGAAACACGUUUUAGCAUAGAAUCAACAUGUUUUUACGAUUUUUCAUCUUGUAACCAUAUGUAUUAUAUAGCCGUAUGUAAUAAGUUUUGUUGUUGUUGUGUAAUCUAUUUUGAAGUCUAUCUUUUACAAAAGUCUCCAGAUUUUCAAUGGGAUUAAGAUCCGGUGAGUUCCCUGGCCAGUCAAGACAUGUUUUUGGCCUUGAAUUAUUCCAUCAUGAAAUUGGAUAUAUGACAUAGAUUAGAAUCUUGUUGAAAAACAGACUGACCAUCGUCAUCAACUUACCUUAGUUUAUGUUUCCAAUCUAUAUCUUUGCGAGUUCAUUACGUCUUCUCUUGGUACAAUAGAUCCGGUAUCUUUCUAAGAAAGACAAACUCGGAACAUCUUCAAUGAAUCUUUAACUGUUUCAAUAAAAGUUGUGAUUUUUUUUCAUCUCCUAUAAAUCCAUAGCGCUAAAUAUUGCUUAAAUUCUUGGCUUUUUUUUUCUAAGGUUCAAUUUUAUGUUUCCCUCUCGUCCACAUUCUCCUCUUUUUUUCAGCUCUAUUGUCCUAGAAUCUCUUUUUGACAAUAUGUCACCAUAACAAUAUAUCUUUGGUUGAUGUUUGUUCACCCAUAAUAACAAACUCGGAAGUUCAUUUGGCAAGUAGGUAAUGGCCACCAUUGAAAACUAGAGGACCGCAAAUAAACCUUUAGAACAGCUUAAGUAAAUUGUUGCCAAUUGUAAAAUUGAAAAAAUGUUAUUUUUUAACGAAAGUGCAGAAUAUAGCACUAACACAUAGCACUAGCACUAAAUAAAUUGUUUAAAGUUCCUAUAAAUUUGUAAUUCAUUUAUUGAGUGACAUGUAGAUACAUAUCAAUAGGACAGAUUGUACAACCUGUCAAUGUCAAAAUGACCAUUUUAAUAAUGGUGCUUUAUUAAGAAUGUUAUUAAGAUAAUAUUAUAAAUAUCCAAGCAGUUUCGCCGGUUCCAAUUACUUUGUUUUCAGACAAUUUAACCAAAGAGCAGGAUUCUCAACAUAUUGAGGUAUACUGCAUUCACGGUGGAAAAAUUAGUCAUUCUAUCGUUUUUCUCCACAAAAAUCAGUGGAUAGUCAAUCUGUGACCACACAGUUUAAACUUAUUUAUUUAUUACGUUGUAAGUCCAAAAAGUAUAUUAAGAAACCUCCUUUAUUCUUUAUAUUAUCGUAAAUGUAAAAAAAACAAGAUGUAUAUUUUUUGUUGUAAGGGACAAAGGAUGUUAUAUUAUAUGACUAAAAAAGUUGUUACUGUUCAUGUAUAUCCUAUUGUUUUUUGUGUAAAAAGAAAAUUUUUGAUUACAUUCCUAAACUUAACCUGGCCAGUUGUUGGAUAAAUGUUGCACCUAUUGUGAAAAAUAUUGGGGUUAAAUCUAUUGUAUAUUAGAAUUUCUAGUCAUUUAAGAAUGUACUGAUUUAGUUCAACAACUUAGUUCAAUUACUAUUAUAGCCCACAAAUAAAGUGUUAUCUAUUAUGAAACUAUAUAA